UCUGACUUCCGGUAAACUGGCUAUAAACCGAGGACUCUCAUCGUUCAUCGUAUAAGUUGGCUAUGUUUUGAUUCAUUCAUACAACAAUGUGCGUAUUGAGCAGUGAGGGCAGUGGAUCCAUGGUGGUCGUUGGAGAAUGGAUCUGAGACUCAACACAGACAACAAGCAAUCCGCGUUCUUUAUUGUUGGUCCUGCGCUCAUCUUUUCUGUCAUCUUUGCUCAUCUAGUGAGUUGCCAUGGGACGUGCAAACACCGUGUCCCUCUUCCGGAUGAGGUUGUCCAUCAUGUAUAUUUGAAGCCUGAACGUUUGACGAAAAGAAGCUUUGAUGACCUUCAUCUGAAGAUCAAAAUAAUCUACGACUACAGUGUGGACCAGCUCCCUGCAGACAAGAGAAGACUUGUAAAGGGUAACCUGUUUCCUCAGGCAAUUGACUACUUGCAGAAAGCAUUAUUUGUGAGGCAAAGAGUUGGACCUAUUCUGCUCAGCAGACAAUGUGCAACUAACCAAUAUUUGAAGAGGAGGGACGACCCCCAUCGCUACUGUCAGAAUGCCUGUGCAGAUGUCACCCGUUGUGGCCCUGUCAUUAUACCCCAACACCACUUGCAGCAAUGCAAGAUGUGCAGUGAGUCGGGGAAGUCCUGCGGUCCCUCCGGCCCCCCGGAUGGCCCAGGUGUGGAGGGUUUUGACUUCGUACUCUAUGUGAGCAGUGUCAUCACUGAACGUUGUGGACAGGAAAACAUUGUGGCUUAUGCAGCUUACUGCCAACUGGAGUCAGUGCUGGACAGACCUGUUGCAGGUUAUGCCAACUUAUGUCCCACCAUGAUCACCUCACAGCCGCAGGAGUUUGAUGGAAUGCUGUCCACCGUCAAACAUGAGAUAAUUCAUGCGUUGGGUUUUUCUGCAGGUCUUUUUGCCUUCUACCGUGACGAUGACGGCAAACCUUUGACUCCUCGCUUUGCCAGCGGCCUGCCUGCGUUCAAUGAGAGCCAGGGUCUUUACCAGUGGAGUAAAGUCGUCAUCAACAGUGUCAGCAGACUGUGGGACAUCAGAGGUGGUGUGAUAGUACGACAUCAAGUACAUCUACUUGUGACACCACAUGUUGUGGAGGAGGCAAGGAAGCAUUUCAAUUGUCCCAUUUUAGAGGGGAUGGAGUUGGAGAACCAAGGGGGAAUAGGAACUGAACUCAAUCACUGGGAAAAGAGACUGCUGGAGAACGAGGCGAUGACGGGCUCUCACACCCAGAACAGGGUAUUUUCCAGAAUGACACUGGCUAUCAUGGAAGACACGGGAUGGUACCGGGCCAACUACAGCCUGGCACAGGCACUCAAGUGGGGUCGUGGACUCGGUUGCGAUUUUGUCAUGAAGAGCUGCAAAUUCUGGAUGGAUAAACAGAGACAGAGAAGACAUGCAGUGAUGCCUUACUGCGACACAGUGCGAGCUUCUCCUUUGCAGCUAAUGUGCAGACAGGACCAGCUAGCUGUGGCUGUUUGCAACCUGCAGAAAUAUUCACUGGAGUUGCCACAAGAGUACCAGUACUUUGAACAGAUUCCAAAUGUGGCUGCUGACCAGCUGACAUUUUUUGGGGGCGCUGUGGAGAUUGCUGAUUUCUGUCCUUUCAGUCAGGAGUUCAGCUGGCAUGCGAGUGGAGAGUAUCAGAGGAACUCUAACUGCAGAGUCUCAGAAAACCAGCCAGACUGGUGGAGGAAUUAUGCAGCGGAGCAGUACGGACCAGACUCUGUGUGUUUGUAUCAGAAGUCAGCCUUUGUAAUGGAGCAGUGCACCAGGAAGAUCGCAUACCCCGACUGGGGUUCUGGCUGCUACAAGGUGUUGUGCACAUCACAGGGUCUGAAAGUGUACGUUCAGGAACAUUCCUUCCUGUGUCUUCGUCGAGGUCAGUUGCUGAGCGUGAGUGUGCAAGUCAACGACUGGGUGUACAACGGUGUCCUCAUCUGCCCCGCCUGCACUGACGUCUGUGAUGACUGCCCUGUCCCCCAUGAGGUCUCAACCAUAAACACCUCCAGGAUUAAGGCCAUUGAUCCAUGCUCCAGGUAUGAAGAUAUCACUGUCACUGUCGAGCUCCAGCUCACCCUUGCUGCUGGAUUGCUGUUCUGCCUACUCAACUAACAGAUCUCAGAGAUAGCCAACUGCACAUGAAGUGAAGUCUCAUUUUCUUAGCAAUGUUUUUUCCCCAUUGGGCAACUUUUCUUGUGUAUGUAAUACAAUACUAUUUAUUUCAAUUUUUUUAAUGAAGUGUCCUAUCCCGGAGCAGCUGGAUCUUGCUAAAGGGCACUUUGGCAGAACUCAGGAAACAUGAAAGCGUGCCCCCCCCCACAACCGUCCUAAGUUUAUGGACCAGAAGUGUUUGGUGCUGCAGCCCCAAUGUUCUUUACUGCUUGUUUAUUUGACUUAAAUAUAAAAAUAUGUAAGGAUUAGUGUGUGUGUGUGUGUGUGUGUGUGUGUGUGUGUACAGGUGUGCAUGUGUUUGUGUACAUGUCGUUUUGACGAUCUAGAUCAGUGUCAAUGAUUUCAUAUUAAUAUAUUUGAGUAACUAGGUUUACCUGGUAUGAAAGGAUGAGAGCAGACCAUCUGCAUGAGGUUUAGAUGACAAGGAAGGUCAGACUACAUUAUUGAAAGAUGCUAUUUGAUCUUAAUUGGUUUAGCUUUUUUGUACGUUUUAAUAUAUGAGAUAAAUUAAUUGUGAAGCACUUCCGUAAGGGUAAUUGAUCUCACAGUGCUGUAUGUUUUUUGCUGGAUGCAUUACAUGGCAUAAAGAACCGAUAAAUAGACUGGUAGUGAUUAACACAUCGGUGGGAAAUGGGAAUGCACCCCUAAACCAACUCAGUGAUGGUUUCGUCCAUUUAUUUCAUAUUUGACAUGGUAUUUUACCAGCGAAAUUGAUUUGUUUUUUAAUGUCUCUUUUGUUACAUGUAUAGUAGAAUAAAUGCAGCUUGAUUGAC